AUGUGUACUUCUGCUUCCCCGAGACGGACUGGAAAGACCCUUAAGGAGGUGGCCGAGGUGUUUACUACUCCCGGUAUGCGGCUCUGGAAGAUGACUAUUAAGCGCCGCGAGGUGCAAAUCCUUGAACAUGGUGUCAUUCUGUCGGAGAAGACACCCGAUUUGCACACUGAGACCGGCAUGCCUCGUCAUUUCCCUGCGGCAUCGCACCACUAUGACUGA